GGUGGAGAACACACCAAUGAGUCAAUCGAAGUGAGAAAUUUGAGGAAACGUAAAAUCUUUGUAGUUUGCCUUCUCUUACUUAUUAGUGAUGAAUUACGACGAGUUUCCUACCGAGAAUGGGGCUCUUCCCGCAACUGUCAGGCGGAAAACCUCGCCCAUGAGUUUCAUGGCUAAUAAACUAAGAGAGUUAAAACGACCUGGUCGACUCCGUAGUCGUGUCUUCUUCUCUUUGAUUUUCACAUCUUCCAUCAUUCUUAUUGCUCUUGGUAAAUGGCAUGCAUAUAAAACCCAACACUCGGCAUCAUAUUUAAGCUCCUAUGUCCCUGAAAAGCUAACGGGAACUUUCGCACCAUACACUAUCAUUGAAAGCUCUAAGUGGGACGAUACUAUACCACUUCCUAACAAUGAAACCAACGCCAAUACAGACACAACCCCAAGGUUCCAUCUCUUAAUCCUCGCCCGCAAGAAAUCACUCAAUCUCUGCAAAACUCUCCUCACAGCAUCUAUCCUCAAUUACCCACCUCCAACACUCCUCGGCUUCAAAUUGGAAUCGGAGGACAAAGUAGAAGAGAAGGAAACAUCCACAUUACAAGAAAUACAAAACACGCUUGAUUUUCUCAAUGGGAAAGAAAUGCACGAUGAGGAUUUGGUGCUACUCUUGAAUGCGAAUACGUGGCUGCAACUUCCGGCAGAAAUUCUAAUCGGUAGAUUUUUACGGUAUAGACGGGAGGCAAAUGCAAAGCUACGUGAGGAAUAUGGAGUUGAGAGAGGUUAUACGACGGGUACUGGAACGGUAGGGGAAGUGGGACCGCAGAAAUAUACGCAGAAAGUACUUUUUGCAGCGAGGAAAGAUUGUGCUAUGAGUGGUGAGCGAGGAGAUGCAGGAGAGGAAGAAUCUUGUUACGAGGAUGUGAUUCCCCAAUCCUCGUUAUUGGGGAUAAGGGCAGGGAAAAUAGAUCAAUAUGGGGAGAAUCUUCGCUUUAUCGAAAGCUCGUUAGCGAUGGGGAAGGUGCGGGAUGUUAAGGCGGUUUGGAGUCGAGCGUGGGAGAUUGCGCAAGAGAGGGAUGGGGGUGGGAAAGGAAAAGAGAGGUAUUUGAUGCAGGAAAUUGUGGCGCAGGUUUUUGGGGAACAGGAAGGGGGGAGGGUGGAGAAACGGAGGACGGAGGAGUGGAGGUGGACGGGGUGGUUGGAGAGGAUUCUGGGUGUGGAAAUGGGUGGGAAGGGGAGAGGGAGGGGAGAGCUAAGAAAUGGGAAUGCGAAUGCGAAUCGGACGGCGGGGGUAGGGGGGAACAGUGAGAGGGGCGACGGGGAGUUUGGGAUCGGACUAGAUUAUACAUCGGAGAUUUUUCACACAGUAGGAAAAUCGGGGGAUGAACUAAAGGUUAUGAAGAUUGGAGAAAAAGAAAGUAGAAAGCAGGAGGUCGUGCGCAGAAGGGGGGUUAUAAACGGGUCAGUAGAAGAGAUGGCGAUAUUAUCUGCAGACUUGGAGAAUAUUCCCGGGCCGCUUGAUUUAUGCAGAGUCUCGGAUAUGGGUAUAGAUAUAGAUAGAAAUAUAGAAAGAGAAGAGGAAAGAGAAAAAGAAAAAGAAAUCGGUCAAUCGGUCAAUAAUCUCAAAGCGGCGAGAGAGAGGAAUAUUUCGUGGGAUUCUAUACCGCUUUUUACAUACCGCGAUGGUGGUCCUGGGGGGCUCAAUUCUCGGGUUCCUAGCUCUCUUUCUUUUUCUUUGGAUUUGGAUUUGGAUUAUGGUCCGGGUGACAAGGAUAUAGAUAGAGAAAAGGAGAAAAGUAGAAAAGAAGAAGAAACCUGGCGACAAAAGAUAUGGGGGAAAACAUGGUGGAGGAAAUGGGGAAAACCACUCUGGGAAGAGUGUGCGAAGGGGGAGGAAGAACAGAAGUGGGAGGUGAGAGGUGAGGAAGGAGAGGGAGGAAUCUGGAGGGAUGGGAGGGGUGGACGGGGAGGCGUGUGGACGGGUGAGAGGGUGUGGGUUGAGUGGGGGGAAGUUUGCGGCGGGGAGGAGAUGGAGGAAGAGGUUUUUGGGAUAUGAGAUGCGUAGGGUAGGGUAGGGUGGGUGUUGGUA